AUGAACAACCAGCAAGGCUAUUACCAACAAGGCCCACCACAACAAGGCUACUACCAGCAGCAGGGUCCUCCACAGCAGGGCUACUAUCAGCAGCAGGGUCCCCCACAAGGUGGGUAUUACCAGCAACAGCAGCCCAUGUACCAGCAACAGGCCCCUCAAAAAGAAGAGGCAGGCUGCUGUCAGUGGUGUAUGGGAGCACUGUGUUGUUGCUGUCUGCUGGAGUUGUGUUGCAAUUAA